AUGGCUCGUCAAUCAGACACCUCCUCGUACACCACCAUGUCUGAUUCUCACAGCACCGAGUCUCACCACCCUACCCGGGAGGAUCCAGUUGUGGACGCAGCAACUUCGUCCCAUGCAAGAAGACCUAAGGAAACGAUACUAUCUGGCAAUCGAGAUGUUCCUGGGGUUUCUGUUCCCUUGAACACAAUCAUUCCUGACAUUGCUGCAUGUCAAGAUAAAGCUGUUGUGUUGAGAAAAAAUGUCACUGACAAUGUUGAGCAACCAGAUGCUCAUGAGGGAUCAAAGGUUGAAAAACCCUCAGGCAAAGUAAGAAGUGAGAAGGCCAAUGUUACUCAAAGUGUUGAGGACAAUCCUAGGGCUGAGACGAUUAACGUGGAAGAGCUCUCAGACAAUGAACUUCUGGCUACAGUUGUCCCUAGGAUAGCCAAGAGAGUCAGGACCAGAAGGGAGAAAAAGGCUGUGGAGCUGAAGUCCCCCUCCAAGGAGGUUGGUGCAACAAAUCCUCACAAGCAACCAGAGUCAGAGAGUACACACAAGAGGAAAAGCUAUGGUCCUACAAAAGCUUGGAGCAAAGAGGUGCCUAAGAAGUUGAAGACCAAAGCUGUGGUGGUUGAGUCUGAAUCUGAUGCCCCAUGUGAUGUCACAGCAUCCAUGUCCAGGAAGAAACCCUCUUCCAGUAGGUUGGCAACCAGUGUCCCAGAAGUUCCCAUUGACAAUCAUGUCCCUGACAUUGUCUUGACAUCGGGAGAGACUUCCAAAGCUGGCAACCAACCAGACAAAGCUGAUGUUAUUACAGUUCUCAAAGAGACCUGCAAAGAGCUGGGAGCUAGAAAGCAUGCACUGGAACAGCUCAUCUUGCAGCUGGAGUCUACUGCUGAGGACACGGAUGGAGCUGAAGGGCAAAUGGCUGAGGAGGAGGAAGAGGCCAGCUCUGAAGAGGAGGCUGAUGAGGAGGCUGAUGAUGAGGCAGAGGAUUAA